AUGUCUCGGCUAGACAAUCUCUUUGCCAUUUUCUGGCUGAAGCUGACCCAACGACAGCAGUACCUUGCACGCUGGGAGUCUCAGGUCUCACAUCAGAGUCCACAAGCACAGCACCAGCGCACGGCACGGGUUCCGGCCCCAAGAUGGGCCAGAGGAAGGCGGAGGGGAGUGUAUCGCUGCAAGAUGGGGGAGAGCAAGACCACAUCCACCACGCAAGUUAUACCCAUGUCCAGACCGGACCCGAGCGGAGCACCAGCGACCUGCCGGACACAGCAUGAACAUAGCGGAGAACAGCUAUCCUGGAUCCCGCAGCGCACCGUCACACAAGCUGGCCCCCCGCAAGCUCGACUCCCCAUAAACAUGGAGCACAGAGAGCCGGCCUGGGCGGACACUGCAGGGUUCAAGUUACAAACACAGAUACUCUCGGGUGCCACCAAGCCUGAAAAGCCUACCAUGCAGAGACUAUGCUUUACCGCUGCAGGGCAUCGGCUGAAUGGAGACCAGGACUUUAUCUCUGACAUGGUACCUGUCCACCACGUAUAA